CAGUGACGACUAUAUAAGUAUAUAUAUAUUCUAUAAAUACAAUUUGGCAUUAAUUAAAAAAGUUUUGACCAAAAGUCAAGAAAAGUUGACUUUUGAAACCCUACUUCCAAAGUAAACGACGUCGUCUAGAGUUUCUCAUUGGUUUGGUAUGCAAGUAUGUUGUUCUCUCGCCUCCAGUUUUUUACGCAUGAUUAGGAAUCCGAAAAACAAGAGGAAGAGGAAAAUAAAAACUCUAAUUCCUGAUACGAUAAAUACUAUAUUCUUUUAAUAAACUAAAGAAAUCACGUUUUGAUAUUUUCCUUGUGGUAGGAACGAACGAGUAACGUAGUGUGACGAGGAUGGACACUCCUGAAGAAAUUCUCAUUGUUUUCUUCAUCAUCUCGUUGAUCGUCAUCUGUUGUGGUAGCUGUUGCGGUGAUGUAAGUUCCACUCAAACGGGAUUACCUCCUCCCGAGACAAUCCACCAAACUCCACAGCCUGAACAAGAUAUUGAAACCGGACACAGGAAAGCCCUAGUGUACAAAGAUAUUAAAGAAGAGGAAGGAGGACGAGGAGAAGAAGAAGGGGGUGGCAAACGUUUUUGUCCGAUUUGUUUGGAAGAGUACGAGGAUGAUCAUCAGAUGAGGCGAUUACAAAAGUGUGGACAUGUGUUUCACCUUUUGUGUAUUGAUUCUUGGCUUACACGGGAUCCAAGUUGUCCAUGUUGUCGCUGUUCUGUUGAUUUGAUGAGUUUAGGUCUUUAGAUUUGUAGGUUUUAUUUAUUAAUU